CUGCCUCCAGCGCAGGCACACGCGUGAGGCGCUAUGUCAGGAGACAGUGGAUGAGGUGGUUAAGGUACCAAGGUGCUCCAGAGGACUAUGUUCAAGUCCAGCCAUGGAGAGUGGAAGAGCCAUUGUCCAGGUCCUGACAGAAAGCCUGAUUCUCUGUGUGCUCAUGGAGCCCAUGGUUGAUCCCACUCCUCCCCACAUCCAGACCUUGAUUGACAGGCUACAGUCAGUGUGUGAGGUUCUCCAGAAGACAGAUGUUCAGUCGGAGACGAAGUCUCGUAGGGAAGGUGUAGCCAUCUGUCUGUGGAGAAGACGCCACCCAGCCACUCAGCAGACCGACUCUAACCUCUCCCAGACCCUUAGAGUGAAGCACAUCACCUACUACCUGAAACAGAGGACAGAGAGGUUGUGUGCUCUGCAGGAGGUUCAGCACCAAUUUGGGGGGAGUGUGAGGGAGACUGAGGGGCAUCUGGAGCAGCUGUGGUCCCUGCUAGAGGAGCUCCAUGUCAGGGUGACCAUCACCAAGCCCCUGGGGACCAACACUCGUGGAGAACUCCACACUGUCCACAGAGACAUACAGUGUGUGUGUACAGAAAUAGGAGUGUGUCGGAGCAGGCUCAAGCGUUGUCAGAUGCUCCUCAUUGACAGCGCGGCCAUCAUACAGGACUUGUCGAGGGCUCACUUUUCUCUAAGCCGCAGUGUCAGUACCAGUCUCUCCAUAGAGUCCGUUUGGACUGAACUACUGCUGCAGUCCAACAUGGAGCAGUUUGAUGAGGUCCAGGGGAAGUUCCAAUCUCUGGAGCAGCAGACGACCAACUUCCAGAUUCACCUGGAGGGACUGACUUCACCUGGAGAUACUGACUUCACCUGGAGAUACUGA